AUGAGUCAAGACACUGCUAUCAGUAAGAUGGAUACCGAAAAGAAAACGGAAGACAUAAUAGCGAGAAAGGCAAGUCUUGCAGAAGGCACUGUAGCAUCUCACCAGGGAGCCAACUAUUCGGACUUCAACCAACACGUUAUUAACAAUGCAAUUGAAACAAUCGGAAUGGGGCGCUACCAAUGGCAGCUGAUGGUUUCUUGUGGAUUUGGUUUUAUUGCAGAUCAGAUGCUUCUUGUUUCCAUCAGUCUGGUCAUGCCUCAAGCCUCGAAGGAGUUUAAUCCUCGAUAUGCGACACUUCUUUCCGCUACACAAUACGCAGGUUUAGGAGCCGGUGCUGUAAUCUUUGGGCUUAUUGCUGACUUUACUGGCCGUCGUCUGGCGUGGCAGACAUCUAUCUUUGGCGUGUCUGUCUUUACUGCCAUCUGUGCUGCCUCACCCAACUGGGCUGCACUGAAUGUUUUUGUUGUGCUCUCUGCUUUUUUUGGAGGCGGGAAUUCCUGGCCACUUGUAGUGAACUUUUGUUGUCCAGCUGGCGCUACUCCCGAAACAUGUACCAAAGCUAAUAAUAUGGGAUGGCGAUAUCUGUAUAUCAUCCUUGGGGGAUUAUGCCUCGUCAUGUCCGUUCUGCGCACUUUCGCACUGGGAAUGAGCGAGUCACCUAAGUGGCUUGUAUCACGGGGACAGUUGAACGAAGCAGUGGCGUCCAUCAAUACAAUCAGCAAGGUCAACAAAUCAACGUAUGUAAUGAUGGUUGAUCAGUUGCGUCCCUAUGAGCUGGAAGACUCUAAGAGCGCCUUCAAGAAAGCCAUCUCCAUGGUGGGUGCAUUAUUCGAUGGCUCGAAGCAGAUUCGCUCAAUGAUAUGCUUGAUUAUUCUAUGGCUACUUAUCGGCAUUGCUGCUAAUAAGUUCAGAUAUCCUGUCUAUACGGUGUUUCUCCCAUAUUACCUUGAAGCGCACGGAGCCACAAUAGGCGAUGGAAGCACAUAUCAGACCUACCGCGACUGGUCUAUCUCCUCGGUAGUCGGAAUAUGGGGACCGAUUCUAAGUGCUUUCCUUGUGCAGGCACCCUUCCUCGGACGUCGACGUUCAAUGACGCUGACAGCCUGCGCCUCCGCUGCCUUCGCGGGCGCCUUCACUACCGUUAAGACCGAGUCGCAGAAUCUGGCCUUUUCCAGCAUGAUUAACUUUUGGCUCAAUGCGCUGUAUGGCAUAAUUUAUGGGUAUACGCCGGAAGUUAUGCCAGAUGCAUAUAGGGGCAUUGGCUGUGGACUGACGCUCGCUUGUGGCCGGAUUGCAUCCCUCUCAGCCCCAUUCAUCGCGACCUUCGGGGAUGUCACGACGGCUGUGCCUAUCUGGGUCUGCUGUGCAUUUUUUGUGAUUAUUGGGAUUGUAUCACUGGUUUUGCCGUUCGAACCGGGAGAUCUAUGA